AUGGGAGGCGCUAAGAGGAGCAAGGGCCUUGUAAAUCUCCCGUUGGACAUUCUCUCUAACAUCCUCUCUCGGCUUCCUGCAACUUCCCUGAUUAGGUUCGCUCUCAAUAUCUCUUUAUACAAAAACCCACUUGAAUGCGAUUUGGUGGUGGGGAAACCGGUUGAUGCCAUAGAUCCUCCUCUUGAUCUCUCUGAAGGCAGCCACAAUCUUGUUUCCUCCUUAGAUGGAUUACUCUUAUACCGUGAUACGGGAGCAAGAAGUAACUCGCCUUGGACGUUGUAUGUCUAUAAUCCAGCAACCAGAGAAACUGUAAUCCUUCCUCGCCUCCGGAGGUCGGGUCCUUUUACUGUCCACCAGUUGGUUUUCGAUCCUGCAGCGAAGGUUUAUAAGGUUCUUCAUGUUCCGGACGUUCAAUCCAAAGAGACUUGCAGUCAGAUUUUCACUUUGAGCGUCGACAAGCAAUGGAGGAAGUCGAAUGGUAGUCGCUCUGAUUUUAGUGCAACCAGUUACUCAAAGGCAUUAGAAUACCCACUAGUCAAUGGCGCCAUUCACUGGGCGCGGGAUUGCGGUUGGGGUGGGUUCCCUUAUCCUGGUUACGCAAUCACUCGAAGAACUAUAGUCGCCUUCAAGGUGGGUAGUGAGGAAUUCCAGAUAUUCUCACACCCUAACUGCUGCCCUGCUGUUCAUCCUGGCACUUAUCGCGAAAUUGGUGAAUGUCAUCGAGAGUCUGCUCCCUUGAUUGAAAUCAACGGAUUUAUGCAUCUGAUGCAUCCAGAUGCCACCAAGCAAACUAUGGAUGUAUGGGUGCUCAAGGAUUAUGAUGGUCAGGUGUGGGAAAAGGAUUACAGUGUUUCCAUGAAUUUUAUUGAUGAGACCCUACCGACUGGUGUGACGCUUUCUUUCCGUGCCAAGCUUGAUGGUGAAAUUUUGUUGGAGCAGCAUGCACACUUCGUGCAUAGAAGGACCAAUCUUGCGAGUACAAGCUAUCUCUUUUAUAAUCCAACACUGAGAACAUUCCAGAGGUUGCAAAAUAUCCAGGGAGGUCUCGCUCCCUAA